GAGAGAUUGAGGUGUCCCGUGACAUUAAAUUAAUAUGGAUCGGGUUCGAAAUACAAGGUUAAACAGUUACGAAACGAACAAGGAACAAAAACAGCUGUUAACGGCGCAGUUCUGAAGUGUGAUUCGCUCUCAGUGAAGGGCACACAUACAUCAACAGUCCAUUAAAGCUACAAGAAAUAAACACAAUGUCCACUGCUUUGAGGUGUCCAUUUCUGUCCAGAAUUCCAGUCAACCAGGUCAAGAAGACUGCCAAUCAGCUGAUGAACUAUGCAGAGCGGUGUCCAGUGAUGGUUCAUGCCAUGAAUUACAUGUCGUCUCCCGACAUGAAGACUGUUACAGAUGAACCACUUGAAAAGCAAUGUCCAUUCUUUGCCAAGGAAGAGAUGACUGUCAAGGAUGUGAAAAACCAUGUAUCAUCACUGAAGGAUGGUAUGACUAAGAAAGAAACAGCAGACUCUGCCAACAUGACUGUCACUAAAGCAAAGGAAGCAGAGGCCAUUGCUGUCCCAAAAUACCCAUCAGGGAUUACCGUGGAGAAAACUCUGGACUAUAUCAAGCAAUGGGGCAAAGGAAAUGAGAAAGAAGUGAAAGCUGAAGAAGAAAAGCCAACUCUCAGAAAUGAUGCUCAACCCACAAUGUUUAAUUAUGAAGCGUUCUUUGCUGGGGAGAUCGACAAGAAGAAGAGUGACCACACCUAUCGUGUCUUUAAGAAUGUGAUGCGUCGCGGGAAGGAGUUUCCAUACGCCGAGGACCACUCAAGCGGAAAGAAGAAGGAAAUCACCGUGUGGUGUAGUAACGACUACCUCGGAAUGAGCUGGCACCCAAAGGUCAUCAAUGCAGUCAGUGAAGCUCUGAAGAAGCAUGGAGCUGGUGCAGGUGGUACACGUAAUAUCUCGGGGAAUUCUCCACUCCACGAGGGUCUCGAGACAGAGAUAGCAUCACUGCACCAGAAAGAGGCGGCUCUAGUGUUUACUUCCUGUUACGUGGCUAAUGAUACAUCUCUGUACACGCUAGGAAAAGCUAUCCCAGGUGUUCAUAUGUUUUCUGAUGCUGGGAAUCAUGCUUCCCUGAUACAGGGGAUCAGGAAUAGUGGAGUCCCUAAGCAUAUAUUCCGACACAAUGACCCAUUACAUCUGGAAGAGCAACUCAGAAAAAUCGACAGCAGUGUCCCAAAGAUUGUCAUUUUUGAAACAGUGCAUUCAAUGACAGGUGAUGUAUGCCCUUUGAAUGAGAUGUGUGAUGUGGCCCACAAGUAUGGUGCUCUGACGUUUGUUGAUGAGGUCCACGCUGUGGGAUUGUAUGGUAAACACGGUGCAGGAGUCGGUGAGCGAGACGGGUGCAUGGACAAGAUAGACAUCAUAACGGGAACUCUAGGGAAGGCCUUUGGUAAUGUGGGUGGCUAUAUUGCCAGCUCUGCUCGUACCGUGGACAUGAUCAGGAGUUACGGGUCAGGCUUCAUCUUUACCACAAGUCUACCUCCCACCACUCUGUCAGGGGCUUUCGCUUCUAUACAGGUUUUGCGCGGUGAAGAGGGUAUUUACCUGAGGGAGCGCCAUCAGAGGAAUGUUAGGUAUCUGCGAGACAACCUGAUUGAAGCUGGUGUGCCCGCCCUACACUGUCCAAGUCAUAUCAUUCCUAUUCAUGUUGGAGAUGCUGCCUUGUGCACUCAUCUUUCCUCAGAGCUCAUGAAUAAACAUGACAUCUAUGUACAAGCCAUCAAUUACCCAACUGUGGCCCGUGGCAAUGAGCGCCUCCGUGUGGCCCCCACUCCACACCACACUAAGGCCAUGAUGGAUUACUUUGUGGCAUCAGUGGUCAAUGUCUGGAAGGAGAAUGGUCUGGAACUAAACAGGGAGCGGUCAGUUUGCCCCGAGGAGUGUGAGGUGUGCCAGAAACCACUUGGGAUUGAGAUCCUGCAGGCUGCAGAGAAAGUGUGUGGUCGCUCCAACUGUACUUAUGCCUCCCUCCAAGACAACAUUGCUGUGGCUAUGGCUUAAACAGGAUUAACUUAAAAAUCUGUUUGAGAUUUUAAAAUGACUUUGACAAUAUAUCUCAAUGUCAUGAUGAUUCAAAAUUGAUCAUUUGUGAUUCUUAUUUAAUUGUUGUAAACUCAAAUGAGUAUUUUGUUUUUAUCAUUAAAACUGUUAUUGCACUGCAAAUAUAACUUCUGUAGGCUGUACUUUCAUGUUAUUUGUAGUUUUUCCCCAAACUGUAUAGUGUUAUGGAUGCUCUAUGGUAAUUGUUAUGUUUUAUUAAAUUGACAUCAACUGAAAGUCCAAUCUGUACUAAGGCUUUAUUUCAGAUACAGCUGAUUGAUCAUAUUUCAAAGUGGAUGAUUCAGGUAGAAAAGGAAAUGAAAAUCAUCUCCUCAAAGUAUAUUAUAGAUUUAGGAAUAAAAAAAACCAAACAAGAUUCUUGACUGGAGAAGCAUUUGAAUUUUAUGACCACUUAUAGAGAAAUUGACAGUAUGAUAUAUGAAAGACCAUUGAAAAAAAAAAAGAACUCCGUUUCAUAAAUGCUUGCUUCUUUUAAACAACAUACUGUUAAUACUUUUGAAGAAUUGAAAAUAAAUUUAAUAACUUACAUGUGCUGGAUUCAAAUUUUUUUUCAAAAGCAUUAAUUAAUAGUUUAUAAUUCCUGUUACUGAAGUAAUAUCAUAAAUAGUUACAUGAUUGAUAAAGCAAUUGACAGACCCAUCUAUAGUAAGUAGUGAGGGAGUGAUUAAUAAUCAAUAGUUAAGGCAAUGGACAGACCUAAAUACAGCAAUUAGUGGGCAGGUGAAAAACCCCAUGAUUGAUAGAGCAAUAAGCAUACCUAAAGUCCUACCUGUAUUAUAAUGGCCGGAUAGGUGAUGUACCCCAUCAACAUUUGUCAUUCAUAUUUUACUGAGCAUCUGUUAAUAUCAAAGGCUUGGAAAACAAGAUUUGAUUUGUUAUAUUUAUACAUCUAUAGAUUCUAAUUGUUACAAUUUUCUUCUAUUUUGACGUGUUUCAUGUUAUGUGCAAAAAUCUCUUUAAUUAUAUUUAUGAAUCAUCAAUAUAUAUAUAUUUUAUUGAAUAAAUUCAGAUUAGGUGCAUAUAUUUUUUUCUCUUAAAGGUGAUGGUAUUUUUGAGAAUCAGGUUAUAAUUGAUUAAUAACACAAUUAUAUGUCCUAGUUUUGUUUAGUAUGUACCAACUAUUUUAAUUUUGUGAUUUACCUGUGAACAGAAUUUUGAUUUGUGGCAUACUAAACUAAAUCAUGUACUCGUACAAUUUAUAAGAUGUUAAUAUUUGUAUGUUAUUUGUUUUGAAAUGUUUCCAAGAAUCCACUGCCAAAUAUUUUGACCAAAUUUCUGCCAAUGGAAUAACUAAACUGAAUAUGUAAACAUGAUCUCUGAAAUAAAAUUAAAGUCGGUCCACUGUU